UUUUGUUUGGUUAUUUUGACAGAAUGGCAGGCGCAAAGUGCCUUCUGAAAACACCGAGUAACUUCCAGUCGUCUGCCAUGUUUGAAGGCUCAGAGGCUGUCGAGGUGGAGGGAGGCAGCACAGACAGCACCGUGGCCUCGUCCAUCAGCGCCUGUAAGAAGGUUCUGUGCAGUAACAGUGUGCUGGACUCGUCCGAGUACUGGCUGAGGAAUGAGAAGGCUCUGUGCAGACUGGGUCUGCUGGACGACGACACUGAAGGCAGCUGCACCAUGAUUUGUUUUGUAAAUCUGGACCCUCAGAAAACGGACUGUCGUGAUGACAAAAACAACAAGAAACUGGCUUCAGUGUCUCCAGAUCUGCCAAAGCUUGUUGAAUUACUUACGGUACACCAGCCGAAAGAAAAUGAGAUCCUACUGCUCGGCGGCCUGGAAGCCUCAGACGCCUGCCAAACACACCCACACUCCCCCUCUCAGCAGAGAAGCACAGGUGUGUGCCUGGUUCAGUGUUCAGGGCAGAGACGCUCUACCCAGCCCGGCAGCAUCAUCUUUGAGAUCAACAAGUUCCUGAUCGGUUUGCAGUGGGGAAAGGAGCGGCAGCAUCAACAGGGCCGAGCAGCAGGGCAGCGGAUUGAAGAUGACACCAAUCGCUCCAUCUCGUCCAUAGAAGAAGACUUCCUGACUGCUUCAGAACACCUUGGAGAUGACAGCGAGGACGAUGGCUUCAGAAAUGACCCAGAGAGUGGUGAUCUGGCAGAGAGCUUGGUAGAGGUUGCGCAGAAACAUUGUGUCAGACUAGCAUGUCAGAGGGGACAGCUGGCCCAUCAUCAGAGCAGGGAGGACCCUGAGGUGAAAAAAGAAGGGCAUCAGCGAGCAAGCCUCAAGACUAAGGAAUCAGCUGGUCACUACGCCACCAAUCUGGCUGAGUCAGUACUACAAGACGCCUUCAUACGCCUCUCUCAAGAUGAAACCUCCUUUGUCUCUGAGGCUGCUGUCAGCGUGUCCCUUGCAAGUUGUCCAUCCAACUCCAGUGGUCCUUCAAAGACCAAAGAGCCUUCCAAGCAGCGUACAUGCUCUUUUGAACUCCCCAAGAUUGUUAUAGUUCAAAGCCCAGACAGCUCUGACGGAGCUGCAGAAUGGCCAGAGACCCAGGUGUCUCAUGUGCCCGACCAGGAUCUCACUGCCAAAGCCAGAGAGGUGCCAGAGAAUGGGACACAGGCUCACAUUCCCCACCACAACAGAGGGCACUCUUCCAAACAUGUAGAAGUGGCUUUGGCCUGUGCUGCCAGUGUUAUUGGUACCAUCACUACGCCACAGCUGACAGAACAGCUCACCAUGGAAUCUGCUUCAGAGGAGGACACAGAGGAGGAACUACAGGACCCAGAAGAGCGUGGUGACUACUCCCUCUCCUCAGCCAUGUGUGGCGUAGCUCAGGUAGCUGGUGCUGUAGCAGCUGUGGAGAUAACAGAGGAGUCAGGGGAGGGAGGCAAUUCUGACGCAGAUUCCGCCGAUGUCUACACAGCAUCCCACGGCCUGAUGUCUGCUGCCGAGGCCUCUGCAGCCUUCACACUGCACUGCAGUGUGUCACAGGGUACCAGUGUUGAAGCAUUCCGUGCCAACAUUGCUGAAGUCCUGCACAGGGAAGCAGCAGAGGUGCUGACUCAGCCACAAGGCUACAGGAGUGUGGCUCACUUGCUGGAGGCCACACAUAACAAGAUAGUAGAUGGCAUUACUUGUCCAAAAAAAUCCUACAUGGAUGAAAGAGAGGUGGAUGACUUAAUAAAUGAGGUUGCAGACAGCCUAUUUAAGCAUGCUUUAGAGAAAGCAAAAAAAAAAAAAGAACUGGAGGGGACUGGAAAAGAUGCACCAAGCCUUCAGGUUUGUCUGCAGGACAGUGUAAACAAUUUGCUGUUUGAUAUCCUUUGCCUGACACAGAAGAAAAUCAGUCACAUCUCUAGAUUUGACCAAGGGUCAGUUGAGACACAAGAGGGUGAUACUUGUGCUAGGGAGCCUGCUAUGACCAAGGAGAGCAAGGAUCCAUUAAGUCAGUUACACUGGUUAGUUGGCCAUAGCCAGUCCAUUAAUAGUGAGAACCACAGUGGCACGCUGAACUUCACAGAUAAGUUCACCAUGGUUUCUGGGCUGAAGGAGAAAUAUAUGCUUGAGGAAAGUGAUCUUGUAUCUUCCUCCACAGCACACAGCAAAGAGCAACAGCAGCAGUUGUUGUGCAGACAAAGUCAGUCUAAAUCCACCUCCUUGCCUGCCAAGGACUUCGCUGACCACCAGCUGAUCCAGCAGGGCAGUGGGGCCAUCAGAGAACCUUUGAGUGAAAUCCCAGUUCAUAGCACCGACAGGCGGGGACGACUAGUGACAGGAGGUGACAGCAGGCAGUCCUCCCUCACGCCCCAGUCCUCCAUCAAUUCUUGCAGUUCUCUGCUCUCUUUUCGAAUGGACUCAGAAUCCAGGACACCUAUUACCUGCUACGCUGAUGAUUUGGCUGCUACAGUGGUGUCUAUGGCCACAGAAUUAGCAGCCAUCUGCCUGGAGAACUCCACUGGGAAACAACCCUGGUUCUGUGCCCUAAAAGGGGCAUCUACUGAAGGCCCAGAAGCCUACGUCAUCCCCGCUUGCCGCACAGUGCUCAGGAGGAAAGAGGGUCAGAGCAGCAAUGCUGCCUCCAAGAAGCAUCGGGCGCCACGCCUCAGUGAGAUCAAGAGAAAAACAGAGGAGCAACCAGAACUGAUGGAGCGGCUUGUGAACCGGGUGGUGGACGAGUCGGUCAACCCCGAUGAACCACAGGACCCAUUUGCCCUCUUUGCCUCAGAAGUCACAGCUAGGAUCAUGAACUGCCCUGAGCUUAAUGUGGUAGAUACAUCCAAAGCAGGCCAGCCACGCAGCAGGUUGCAAUGUGAGAGAUGGAGCCGUGGGAAGGCAUCUAGUUAUGAGAGCAUUCCAGAAGAAGACGCAGACCCCUCAGGCACACCCAACACACUGGGGCCUGGCAGUCGGUUAGGUCAGAACUUGAGUCGUGGCAGCUCAAUCUCUAAGCAGUCCAGCUGUGAGAGCAUCACUGAUGAGUUCUCACGGUUCAUGGUAAACCAGAUGGAGACUGAGGGCAGGGGCUUUGACCUUCUGCUGGACUACUACGCAGGGAAAAAUGCCAGCAGCAUUCUGACCGCAGCUGUGCAACAGGCUGCAUCAAAGAAAAAUGGUCACCUUAAUGUCAGGGCCUCAUCCUGCCUGUCCAAACAGUCCAGCACAGAGAGCAUCACAGAGGAGUUCUACAGGUUUAUGCUUCGGGACAUGGAUAAGGAAAACAAAGAGUAUGGCAUUGCUAAGACUAAAGAAUGGAGCAACAGUCUGUUUCCCCCUUCUCCUAGGACACCCUUCUGCAUACGACAGUCUUCUGUCCCAGACCGGCGCUCCUCAGACUCACGGCUGACUGUCAACUCACCCAUUAAAGCCAACUCUUUUGAUGGAUUCGCCCGCAAUGUGCAUGGAGACACGCUGAAUAUCUACCCCACCAACUCAGUGUCAGCCAUGGGACUGUGUAAGUCAGACUCCUGCCUCUAUCAAAGGGGUAAGACUGACCAGAUAACUGAUAUGCUGAUUCAUGAGACCUGGUCAAGCUCCAUUGAGUCCUUGAUGAGAAAGAAUAAGAUCAUUGCUGAUCCCGAGGAUAGUAUUGAGCUGGAGGCUGCAGGAGACUCCCAGCCCCAUGUGCAGCAGUUUGCCAAUCGCCUGGCAGCUGACAUAGUGGAUAUUGGCAAGUCUGCACUUGGGGGCCAGCAAGAUGUAGCUGGGGGAAUGCUUGGAUCACACAUGCCUGUUGGUGAAAGAAGGAGGGGGUUCAAACAAUCUCAUCUAAGUUGCAGUCGCAGUCGGUCAAGCCAGGAGCAAGCUGGUACUGGAGUAGGGUCAGGGACUAGUGACAGCAGUGCACCCCGCAUGAGGGGCCCCAGAGAUGUACCACUGAUCCACAUUGAGGGAGAUCAGAAGGAUGAGGAGACCCCUUCAAACCUUGAAAGGCCUGAAGGAGGACCUCAGGAAACACCCCCAGACAUGUCAGCUACCAAGCAUGCAGAGAGAGCUACAGCCAGCGGCAGCAGUGAGAGGGACAGGCCAGCUGUGGCGGUGGCUGCAGUAGUGAAGAGUGACAAGCGUUCUAUGAGUGCUAGCAGUGAAGAGAGCAUGGGAAGCUGGUCCCAUAUAAGCCCUGAGGAUGAUCCCCACGAGGAGACCAGUAGUUUUAUCCAGCUGAGCGAGGGGAACGGGACCAGCAGCGCAUCCAGUCUAGGCCUGGCAGACCUAGAUACUUUUUCUGAUGUGCCCACUCAGAGCACAGUAAUCAGUGAGGAGACAGAGAAAGGCCAUCUGGCAAGAACUAAGGAGAAUGUAUUUGAGAGCAGCUCAGUGAGGACGGCAAGCGGCAGUGGCAACCUCAGGGAGCUGUUGGUGGUAAACUGCGACCUCGAGCCAGAGUGCGUGGACUCGGAGCUGAGGGUGGCCCUGCAGUGGAUUGCUGCCUCCGAGCUGGGCCUACCUGCGCUCUACUUUAUUAAGUCCAAAGAGAAGAGGGUUGCAAAGUUCCAGAGGGUGGUCCACCUCAUGUCUCAGAAGGCGUGGCGGAUCGCAGACUUGUUCAGUGCUGUGGUUCAGUUCUGUAAGCUACAUGAGAAAGAGAAAGAGGAAGAGGAUGGCAGGUCUCUGUCCAGCCUGUUUGAUUGGCUUUUGGAGAGCCUGUAGACCAGAUUAGCUUCCUCAUCCCGCAAACAAAAACUCAAAUGCUCAAUCAUUCACCCACACUUCUAACAUGUUCCUAACUGUUUUCCCAACCCUGUAUCAUCACACCAAGUGUCGCCUACUGCAAGCUGAAAGCACAACGCAAUCAGCAUACUUGAGAAACUCACACUGCUCACCCCUUUUCUGCGGAGGUCAUGCUUUUUGUCUGUUCGCAGCCAUGAAUGGACCAGUGUCCCUUUAAUAAAAGCAUGUAUUUGUUUCAGAUUCACCUCUCUAGUGUGAGACACAAAGGCAGAGUAAACUGUAGGCAUACGGGUUGGACGUUCCUCUUGGAAGUGAACCAGCCUUUAAGAGAUUAUAGUCAGCAGGUUUUAACUGCUCUAGAUUAUAUAUAUAUAUAAAUAUAUAUAUUUACAGAUUCUCACUACCAAAUUAUGUUUGUUUAUUUAUUUAUUCCAAAUGAACACACAGGAAGCAAAGUACCAAUAGAUGAUAGGAAAAUCAGGUUCCAUUCUCCCCACAACUUGACAUGCUCACACCUUUUGUAUCAAAACUACUUUGUAAAAGAGGCUGUUGAAAUGGAAGCCCAGAAAAGCCCACUUUCUUCUGUUAGCCAAUUAGAAUUGCACAUUUGCUUAGCAUAAGCAAAAUGUCCAUAUCUUUGUUGUGUUCAUUAGCCAACAUACCACCUCUGUUGUGACCUUGAAAUUCAGUUCUAAGUAAGUAUGUCAUCUUGUUCAUGUUACUUGAGAACUGAUUAUUUUGGAUAGCUGUACUGUAUAUACUGUAGAUUUGGAACUGCUGCACCUUGGAGUAGUGGACUGCUCUCUUUAGCUUUUACUAUGUCAGAAAGACAGAGUAAGGUUUGUAAUGUUGAAUUUGUAUGUGAAUUUGGUCUGUUUAUUUCUCUACUUAGUGGUACUCU